ACUUCUCGAGCCCGGCUUUCUCCCUCCCUCCCUCUCUCUCUCUCUUCCUCGCUCUCCCUCAUCUCAUUGUUUCAGAGUAGGCCAAAUUUGAAGUCCUUUCCAGGGAGUGGCCCUGUUCAUCUUACUCUCCAGCCAAAGUGGAACAGAGUGAGAAGGAGAGAGACACAUUCAACAACCAAAGGACUCGGUGGAAAGAGCAGAGAACCAUAAACAAUAUGCUGCUUUUGGGACCCAAAGUGGCGCUGUUUCUCACUGCACUCAUCAUUCCCUCUGACUGGACACCCCUAGGGGUCAGCAGCCAAAGAGGAGAUGAUGUGACUCCAGUGACUCCAGAGACAUUCACAGAAGAUCCUAAUCUGGUGAAUGAUCCUGCUACAGAUGAAACAGUUCUGGCCGAUAUCAAGCCUCCCACAGAUGACCUGGCCUCGCCCGAUAAAAAUACCACCACAGAGUGCCGGGAUGAGAAAUUUGCCUGCACAAGACUCUACUCUGUGCAUCGGCCAGUGAAGCAAUGCAUCCAUCAAUUAUGCUUUACCAGUUUACGGCGUAUGUACAUCAUCAACAAUGAGGUCUGCUCCCGUCUUGUCUGUAAAGAGCAUGAAGUCAUGAAAGAUGAACUGUGCCGUCAGAUGGCUGGUCUACCCCCAAGGCGACUCCGUCGCUCCAGCUAUUUCCGCCUUCCUCCCUGUGAUGAUGUGAACUUGCAGAGACCCAGUGGUCUGUGAUGUCAAGGAAGAGGAAAGAAAGAAUGUGUGCGUGGGAGGGAGAGAAUGCUCUAAGAGGGAACUUCUUGUCCAACCAUUGUCAGCCAACCCAUAGACAUGAGUAUUUCUUAAACCAAUCCCAUCGCAAUGUCUAGCUUUUGUCCUUACUUCUUGAUUUUUCAUCCAUUUAUCUCAUUUUUCAGUACUUAAAAUAGUCUGUAGUAUUGCAUGGUUUUGCUGCUUCCCCAUAUCAUAGACCUAGUAGAUAUACCAUGUGGCUUAGAUACAAACAUUCUGCAUACAAUUUCAAGGGAAAAUAAACUUCAAUAAAAUUAUUAAAAAUAAUAAUUAACUACUGAAUCUGUUUGAGAUAGAUCUUAGGGUGGAAGAUGUUAUCACUGUCUACCUUAACUAACCAUGGAACUUUAUUUUUCAUUCAAGAGUUUCCUAGAUUAACCCCCAUUCACCUACAUAGUCCCCUUUACUUUUAUUAAUUAUUUUGCUGGAUUGUCCUAACAUUUGCCUGGUAGGUCCUUUUUAGGAGAAGAAUUAUGGUAAUUUUUGUAGUCGUAGAAAAUUCUCCAGAGCCAAGAGUUAUACAAGACCGCGGCUAAAGAGAGAGGAGUACACCAGGUAUAAAACUAUUCAAUUUUUCAUGCAGUUGUUCAGUCGGCAAGUAGGGCUAGCAAGUCUCGUUUACUCACUCAUUUAUGGUAGUAUGGGGGUUAGCCCACCUCCACAAGUUAAUUAGACAACUUAAUGUGAAACCAUAUCAUUGCUCCCAAUUUCCUUGAGUGGUUGGUACUUCUUUCAUCCUCACCACUUACCAAAAUCUGUAGAGAUUAUAUUGUGCAAAUGGAUUCUGGAGUAGCCUGAUUUGGGGCAUAAGAAGGGAAUUCAGACCUGAACUUUAACACACAAGUAUAAAGUUUACCUGAUGGUUUACAGGAAACAGUAAAAGAAACACAACAUUAAGACAACCUGCAUUCUAGUCCUGGCUCUAGCAGUAACCAGGCAAAGCAUGUAAGCCCUACCCCAAUCUCUCAAAGCAAAUGUACUCGUAUAUAGACAGACAUAGUCAAUGGACAUUGUAGCCACUGUAGAGGCAUCUCAUAGGCACAGUUUCCAAGAAUCAUUUGAGUCUCUUCAUGAACUUGACCCUCUGAUUGCCUAUUGAACGAGAGGUGGCACUCCCCCCAGAAAGCACCCCAAUCCCAGUAUUGGGUAUAUUGCAAAUUAAACAUUUAAAAUAAAUGUUCCCAAUUUCCUUCUCAGAA